CCGCGGGUGAAUGAGCCUCCCUCGGACCGCCGCCUCCUUUCUCCAGCGCUGCCGCUUCGGGGUCGGGCGGCAGCUUCUCUGCUCCCAAGAUGGACGGUUUCGCCGGCAGUUUGGAUGACAGCAUCUCUGCAGCAAGUACAUCUGAUGUCCAGGACCGCCUUUCUGCUCUUGAACUGAGAGUUCAACAACAAGAAGAUGAAAUCACAGUUCUGAAAGCAGCCCUGGCUGAUGUAUUGAGACGUCUAGCCAUUUCUGAAGAUAAUGUUGCAUCUGUGAGGAAAUCUGCACCAAGUAAAGGUCAGCCAGGCCUCCGUGAAGCCAUCUCCCUGUCGUGCAUCACCAAUGGAAGUACAGGAAACAGGAAAACUAGCCACAGUCCUGCUGUACCAAUAGCCAGGAAAGAAACUCUCUCGUCUGCUGCUAAAAGCGGUACAGAAAAAAAGAAGGAAAAACUUCAAGGACAGAGAGAGAAAAAAGAGGACUCUCAUUCUAAUGAUCAAAACCCACAAACUCAAGCGUCACCUUCACCUUCUCCCCAGCCCUCUGCACAGAUUCUCCCAACAUACAGGCAGACCCCAGAAGUCAAGAGCUCUGCUCCAGGCAAAAGCGUAAAGAGAUCCUCGACUGUUGAAAAAUCGCAUGGCUCAUGGGAAAGUUCAGAAGACAGUCGCAAUAAACUAAUGAGGGCAGCCUCCGCAUCCAAACUGAUACCCAAAGGUGGCAAAAAUGCAGACAAACACAAAGAUGUCAUUGUCAGCCAAGCAAAAAUGUCAACCCGAGAAAAGAACAGCCAAGAGGGAGAAUACAUCAAGAUGUUCAUGCGAGGACGACCAAUCACAAUGUUCCUUCCUUCAGAUGUAGACAAAUAUUACGAAAUUAAGACAGAGCUGCCUCCUGAGAAAUUAAAACUGGAGUGGGUAUAUGGUUAUCGUGGAAGAGAUUGUCGAGCCAAUGUUUACCUCCUGCCUACUGGAGAAAUAGUGUAUUUCAUAGCGUCUAUUGUAGUACUGUUCAACUAUGAAGAGCGGACUCAGCGGCACUACUUGGGACAUACAGAUUGUGUUAAAUGCCUUGCUGUUCAUCCCGACAAAAUCAGGAUUGCUACUGGACAGCUGGCAGGAGUGGAUAAAGAUGGAAGACUUUUACAUCCCCAUGUAAGAGUGUGGGAUUCGGUGAGCCUGAUGACUCUGCAAAUUAUUGGCCUUGGGACUUUCGAGCGUGGAGUAGGAUGUCUGGAUUUCUCAAAGGCGGAUUCAGGUAUGCAUUUGUGUGUGAUAGACGAUUCUAAUGAGCACAUGCUGACUGUCUGGGAUUGGCAGAAGAAAUCAAAAGUAGCGGAAAUAAAGACUACAAAUGAAGUUGUGCUUGCAGUAGCAUUCCAUCCAACAGAUAAAGACACAAUUAUAACAUCAGGAAAAUCUCAUAUCUUUUUCUGGACUUGGAAUGGCAAUUCUUUAGCAAGAAAGCAAGGAAUAUUUGGGAAAUAUGAAAAGCCCAAAUUUGUUCAGUGCUUAGCAUUUUUGGGAAAUGGAGAAGUUCUCACUGGUGACUCGGGUGGGAUAUUGCUUAUAUGGAGCAGGACUACUGUAGAAACCACACCAGGGAAAGGAUCCAAAGGUGUGUAUCAAAUAAGCAGGCAAAUCAAAGCUCACGAUGGCAGUGUGUUCACGCUGUGUCAAAUGAGAAAUGGCAUGCUGCUGACCGGAGGUGGGAAAGACAGAAAAAUCAUUUUGUGGGAUCAUGAUUUAAACCCUGAAAGGGAGGUAGAGGUUCCAGAUCAGUAUGGGACAAUCAGAGCAGUGGCAGAAGGCAAAGCAGAUCAAGUUCUCAUUGGCACAUCACGGAACUUUAUUUUACGGGGUACAUUUAACGAUGGUUUUCGAGUGGAAGUGCAGGGUCACACAGAUGAACUCUGGGGCCUGGGAACACAUCCCUUCAAAGACCUAUUCUUAACAUGUGCUCAAGAUCGACAAGUUUGUAUGUGGAACUCGGUGGACCACACAUUGGAAUGGACCAGGCUGCUAGAUGAACCAGGUCAUUGUGCGGACUUCCAUCCGAGUGGAACUGUGGUGGCCAUAGGAACACGCAUAGGAAGAUGGUUUGUUCUGGAUGCUGAAACAAGAGAUUUGGUUUCAAUACAUACAGAUGGCAACGAGCAGCUCUCAGUGAUGCGCUACACAGUAGAUGGCACCUUCCUUGCAGUGGGAUCCCAUGACAACUUCAUUUACGUCUAUACAGUGACUGACAGUGGAAGAAAGUAUAGCAGAUAUGGAAAGUGCACUCCUAAUAGUGACCAGCCUGUAAAUGAGCUGGUGCAUAUCAUGCUCAAGAGAGGAUUUGAAAUGGAGGCUUCUAGAUUCAGAACCCCAUCCACUGGCUCACAGUGCUUGCAGUUAUAA